GUAAACGGUGUAUGAAAGGUGUAGAAUGUUUUGAAUCGAAGCGAGAAAUAAAAAUAUCAAAAAACCGUCGAAACCUAAAAAAAAUAGGCAAUGGCCGGUGUGAUUACGAGGAUGUCGUGCUGAUGAUACUGUUUUGUUAUAUGGUCGCGAGUUUUGUGUCAAAAUUUGUUUUAUUUUUGUGUAAUUCUUAUUGUGGUAUAUUUUGCUAAUGUGUGAUUGUAAAGCAGUGAUAUGUAAUCGUGGGUUUUGUGAUAGAUAUGUCUACCAAUGAUAAAGUUACAUGCCCGGGCGUGUGUGAAAAAACUGACGCGGUGACCGUCGAAUCUGGCGUUGUUCAUGAUAAAGAUAAUUGUGAAAAAAAAGAAAAAAAAAUUGUAAGAAAAGUGAAUUUCCCUGAUGAUGAAAAACUUGUCACGCAGUACUUCGAGCCUGCCAAUCCUUGGCAAGAUGUGCCCUCGACGACUCGCGCGCAGCUCGCAGCGGAAUACCUGGAGUACUGCAGGAGCAACAGGACUCCGCCCAUCGAUUCAGUACUACAACAAAUACGGGAACUGCCGGAGAAUACUAUCGGUGGCACCACCCGGGCUCCACGUCUCGUCCUCAGCGACUGCUCGCUUCUUGGGUCAGCGCCGACGGACGCUCUCGAAGCUGUGCUGAAGAAGGUGCAAUUCCGGAAGCUGGAGCUGGACCACACCGAUAUUGACGAUGAAGGAGCGGAGGCAUUGUUCGAUAUGAUAGAGUAUUACGAGAGUACCUCAUCGCUAUGUAUAUUCGGACCGAGGCUGUUCGGGAUACGAGGCUGGCAGGCCGCCUCGCGAAUGAUCAAGAGGAGCUCGGAGCUGGUGGAGCUGGAGGUGAGCGGCGCGCGGCUGGAGGCGGGCCACGCGCCCGUGCUGGUGCGCGCGCUGCGCCCCGCCGCCUGCGCGCUGCGGGCGCUGGCGCUGCAGGCCGCCGCGCUCGCCGGCGAGCCGCUGCUGGCGCUCGUGCUUGCCUUGAAAACAAACACGUCAGUUCGGGAGCUGCGACUCGGCGACAACCAGCUGUCGCCGUCUGACGCCGUGCAGGUCGCGACACUUUUGCGCUACAACACGAGGAUACACCUGUUGGAUCUCUCCAAUAAUCAGAUACAGGAUGCGGGCUUAGCGCAUAUAGCGUGUGCGUUGGAGGCUCAAGCGGCUCAUACACCGCCCUCGCCGUCUACGAUCCCUCCGCUCUACGGCCGUGCGAGCGGUUACGAGUCACGUGGCCUGGCGUUCCUCGUUCUCUGGAAUAAUCAACUGACGCGGAACUGCGCUCCACAUUUGGCUAAAAUAUUGCGCACGUCGCAGUCGCUGUGCGUGCUGAACGUGGGCCGCAACGCGCUCGGCGCGGACGGCGUGCGCGCGCUGGCGCCCGAGCGCGCCGCGCCCCCCGCGCCCCCCGCGCCGCCCGCGCCGCCCGCGCCGCUCGUGUCGCUGGGCCUGCAGGCCGCGCGCCUGCCGCACGACGCGCGCUCCGUCGCGCUGCUCGUGCGCGCGCACUCCUCGCUGCAGAGACUCGAUCUACGCGAGAAUAAGUUUAGCAUCACAGGAUUGGAAGCGAUCCUGAGCGCCAUGAAGGAGAACACCACCCUGACUCAGAUAGACUUGGACGAUCCGCCUGAAACGAAUCCCUCGUCGGUGAACGCACAGUCGUGUACCGAGGCGGCGACGAUGGCGCGACUUUUGAGCGACAUCCGGGCGAUUUGUCGCAGGAACGAAUCCGACAACGCCGCGCCGGACAGACUCCUUAGAAAGAUCAGCUUGACUUGCCACACAGCUCCCUUGCCUAAGAGCGCAGUGUGCGAGGAGGGCGGUCGUAGUCGCCUGCGGUCGCCCGCGCCGUCCCCCGCGCCGUCCCCCGCCGGCAGCCCCGUGCCUGCGCCGGCGCACUCGCGCUUCUCGGUAAUACCGGUGACCCCGGAUAGAGUGACUCACAGUCCGAGUCCAAAUACUCCCACGAAGACCGGCUUCUGUUCAACACCGUCUAGAUUUAAAGUUGUGCAGGUAGCCGAGCCCCCACAGAUUCAAAUUCAUCAAGCGCCAAGGAAAUCCCCGUCAAGAUUCUCCGUCACGAGGAAUUACGACACAAUUUAUAAUCCGACUCUACCACCGACCUCACCAUCGCCGUCGCCGUCACCGUCUCCGUCGUCAUCACCGGCGCCCGAGUUACCCGGUGAUAUUAAAUUUGAUAGAUUUCUAUCUAGUGAUGAUGAGAAGAAGGAACCAAUUGUUGAUCAUGAAAUUCUGAAGACAUCAAAACAUACAAAUGAUACAAUAAGAAACAAAAAUAGAGAUGAAAUAUCUUCGUCCGAUGUGAAUAAAGUUUGUAAAGAAGAAAUUAAACCUAAAGAUAACUUUGAAAUUAUUAAAUCGAAAACAGAAAUCAAACCUGAAUAUAAUAGUAGUAAAACGGUUGACAUAGCAACGGAGAAUCGUUCGCUUGAUACACAAACAAAAGGAAUCAUGACGGACUUCAAUGUUGAAGUUGAAAUUGAUGAAGUUGAUAAAAUAAUUGAAAUUAAAGCUGAUAGAGAGAUGAAGAAUGACGAAAUCAAGAUUGAUAAUAUAGUUAGUAAUGAAAAAUUGGAAACUGAACAAAUUAUUAACAAAGCAAGUGACAUUGAAUCUUUGAAUAUGCCCGAAUCUGUGAUAAUGGAACCCAUAUUAAGUGAUAUAAAACUUACCUUAGGACCGGGAGCUGCUGAAAAUAUUCAUGAAAUUAUUAAAAUCGAACCGGAAACAAUAUUAAGUUCAGUUUCCGUGAAAAGUGAUAUUGUGACAUGUGAAGCUAGUGAUGUCAAACAUCAUAGUGAUGCGAUCGUUAUUAAAAAUAUAGAUUCGUUGGAAAACGAAAGAUUUUUAAAAGACAGCGGUGAUUUUAGCAAUAGUGUGAAACAAUUAGACAUAGUUAAAAUUAGUGACGUUAGGGACUCACAAUGCGUUAAAAGUGAUAAAUGUAACGUUAACAAAAACAUUACGUCUCAUAAUGAGACCAUAGACAAUAUCGGUGAUGAUAAAAGAUUACAAACAGAUACGAAUGUUAAAAAUAGUGUAGGUAUGAGUGAUAAUGUUAAAACGGAACCAUCGGUUACAGUUAGCGAGGAUAGAACCAAAGUACAUCUCGACCAAAAUGUAAAUAAAAUAGAUAAUAAGGGAAUAGCAAUUAAACAAAUAGCAGCAAUAACUCAAGGUAUUGAUAACAUUAUACAGGAAAUGAACGAUCUGUCGUCGAUAAGUAGAAAUAAUACUGAUUUAGUUAUAGUUCACAACAUUGUACCUGCUCUUAGUAGAGAUAGUGUAGUUUUAAAGAAGAAUAAAAGCGAAUCUAGCUUAGACAGUCCGGAUCUAGAAGUUUCUAGAUUGAUGAGGAAACCGGUCAGUGCCUUCUGCGAUAGCAGUUCAUCUUUGGAGAUAUCUGGAAGUUCGGUCGAAAGCCUUAAUACCGAGGGCCGUAUAAAAGCAGCCAGGGACGAUUGCGUCCGUACGAUGUCGACGGAGAGCAGUGUCGAGUCGACCAGUGAUGUGACACCAGUUAACUUAAAUAUAUCGAUAAGUUCAAACGAGAGUGUGUCGCCGAUUAUAUUUAAUACGAAGAAAAUACACGGCUCGCUAUCGAGCUUAGAAGCGAGUGUUAGUUCUGUUGACUCGGCGAGGCAGGAGAAAGUUAUGGUGACGUCAGCGGAUUCCGGGAUAGAAUAUUCGUUGCAGAAUCCCUCGGAUGUGAGAGAGGAUAGUUCGUCGAACGAAGGCACGUUGACUUGCAGUUCGAGUUUAAAGGAAUCCGUCAAAAAAGACGGUCAGGAGACUUUGACGUCUCCGAAAAGGACGUCCAGUUUAUUGGACGUACCGGCGUUGAAGUCCAAGGGUUUGGACAGAAUGAGGAAGAUAUCGUGGGUGGCGCCAUCCGCUAGCUUUCAUUUGCCAAAACCAGAGGAGAGGAUCGAGUACAAAUUGCCGAGUAAUCUGGAAAAACUCUUAAGUCUUUUCCAACAUCCGAGCAGUUUGUUCUCGAGGAAUAGUGAUGAUGAGAAGAAGUCUACAUCUAGCACGCCGCCCAGAAAAGACUCGUCUCUAACGAGUUCGUUUUGGUCCUGGGGUAGUGUGACUGAGAAGAACGACAAAGAUGACACAGACAGCCUCUCUGAGGCUACAGAUUCAACUCUGUCCGAGCGAGUCCAAGUAUCAUUCGUUGACGAAUCAUUUUCGAGAAAACUCGACAGCAAAACACCAUCCACUGACACGGACAACACGUUAAGCGAGUUCCAGACUUUCCCAACCACUGGUGAUACCAGAGUUACCGAAAUAACCACCGAUGACAAUUUAGUACAAAAAUGUUUAGCUUUAAGCGAUAAAUGUAUAGACGCAAGCACGGAUCAACCGGCGUGUGAUAAAAUAGAUCUCAAUGAGCCCAACGACUUGAAUAACGUGUACGAGAACCGGUCCGGCGAUCGACCGGAAACCGGUGCGUGUAGCGAAGCUACGUUAGUUAAGUUAGAUGAUGAAAAAACGGACGUUAGACCGCGAUCGUUCGCAUCGGUUCUAAAAUCGUCCGGUUCCGAAAAUUCUAUGGAGAAACAGACCAGCCCGGAAACGGGUCAGCCGGUAGACAAACUACCCAGCAAAGUUAUACGAGGUAUCAAAGAAAAUAUAAGCCCCGAGAAUACAUUAACUACAAGUAUAACCACCAGAGCCAUAGCAAUGGAGCUCACAGACCGUCAAGGGAAGAACAAAACAGUUGUGAACGCUGUUUGGGAGGUCACAAAUCCAUUGCAAGAGAAGACUGAAAUUAAAAGCGAAGGAGCUAGAGUUCAAAGCGAUUUAGCGCCGAUCGCGACAAUUGACGAAACGAGUGACGUAGCAGCUGACGAUCUAAUACAAUUAGCGUAUAUCGACGACGCGAAAGACGACGAUAGGAUUGUGGAAAUCGAGAAGGAAAUAGACGAAGAGAAACGAGAGUUGUGUAAUGUUGAUUUAGGAAAAGACGCUCUGUCGUAUUUAAUGUUCGAAAAUCAAGAAUUCGAAACGACGCCAGCGGAAAAGUCCCCACAAGGAUCACUUGCGCAGGAGUUGAGGGAUGCGGAAAUCAAAGAAAUGUUGGAUCUAUCACCGGAACUGGUGAUCGAUGAAGCCGUUGAAAUACCUGAAAUAUUCACAGUCGAAAUUAAGGGAAGAAGAAGUUCUCCAAUUAUACCCGAAAGGGCUAAAAUUAAAAAGUCGAAUUCACUCGAAGAUUUGACGAAACGACCCGUCGAGGAAGAGAAAGACAGCCCCAAGUUGAAGAGUAUAGCCUUCAAAGUGCCUGAAAGUACUACACCGAGAGAUAUACCAGAACGGAAGUCGAAACUGAGGAGUAGAAGCGGUUCCAGUCCGAAAUCGUUACCAGAGAGCUUAAACAAGCCUUGCCCAUUAAUCAAAAUGGAUUCAAUUUUGAGUAAAAAGAAGAAAAAGGUAUCCUCACUAGGGAAAAUAGCAAGAGAUUCACUCUUAGCAUUGAAUAUGAGUGAAGAGGAAAUAGCAGAGUUCCGAAGAUCAUACAAACUGACAUCAGUGGAAAGCCUCAGGUCGCUCGAAUCGGUAUCCGAAGACGCGAAUUCCCAAAGCGGCACAUCGUUCGACUCUAGAUGCAAAGCUUGUCUGAGAACGUCUCAAGAAAGUCUGAUGUCUCUUGAUUCUAUUACUGAAGAUUGUAGAUGCGUCGAAAAUUGUGAAAAGCGACAAAAUAGAUGAAUGUGUGUUUUCGUUUCGAUUUUGGCGGCAUCCAUGUCGCAUACGGGUAUAAAAUGGCUUGGUGGAGCGAUCAAUUUUUUCGUCUUUCUAGUAUUAUUUCAAGCCAGAAUUUCAAAUGGUUGAAUAAUUUAUUUAAUGUUGUAUUAUAUAAUGUACAGACAUAGCAUACCUUCAGAAUUUUAUAUGAUAAAAAAAAAUGUUUCGCGUAAAACGUCUUACAUACAGACGGUUAUUGAACUCGGUGAGAUUUAAAGAUAUUGAUUAUACAUUAUAUAUUAAUGUGUCGUGGGAAAAGAUUUUUUUAAAUUUAUAAAAAAAAAAAAAAUUUGAUUGAAUUUUUGUACUAAAAUUAUGGCAAUUUUUAAGGUUAUUCGUAAAAUUGGAGAAGUUUUCAAUGAUCGUCCGUAUAGAGGGUUCGGCUUUGCGGAUUAAAAAAAAAAAGAAAUUUCGUCGCCAUAUUUAAUUCGCGGCUUUGGAUAUUACGGAUGUAACUCGUUGAUUAUAUUUAUCGAUUGUCGAUAAUCGAUAUAUCAAAUUGAUGUAUCGAUGUUAAUUCUCUUAGAAAAGAAAGUUGUAAUUGUAAAAAAAUACGUAGAAUUAAAAAAAAAAAUUAGGACGUUCAGAUGAAUUCUCAUUAAUUGUCACAGUUUUAUUUAAAUAGACGAAUAAAGUAUGUACUUACAGAA